CCUGCCAGGUGGAGGUGGAAGCUGCUUCCUUAUUGGCCGAGAGGAGUCAAACGGGGGCGGUGUGGCUCCUCCUACUUCCUGUCUCGUUCUCAAAGCGCUGGUGGAAGCAGCUGUGAAGUGGGAAGAGAAAGAAACACAGAAGUGGAGUGACACCGGCGCAGAGCGAAGCAGCAGAGUUUGUUCCUGGAAAUCCCGCAGCAGAUCGAUUCGACGUCCAACAUGGCCUCCGUCGCCCCGUUCAGCCGCCGUCAGUGGGCGUCUCAGUCGCUCAGGGUCACCGCCAAGGAGCUGUCCAUCGUCUCCGCCCGGGGAAAGAACAACGCCAUCGCCGAGCGCUUCUCCAAGUACCAGCUGGCAGCAGAGGAGGGAAACGCAGAGAAGAAGAAAACGGUUGCAGAACCUCUGCCUUCGACGCUGUGCAGCGGGAACCUGAGUGUUUUAAAGAAACGCUGGGAGCAGCAGCAGCCGUCCGGCCUCAGAACCGAACCGCAGGCUUCAUCCUGCAGCUCCAACGUCCCGCAGACUCGCAUUAAUCCAUCAGCAGGCCUCAAACCUACACCGGCGUCCCAGAUCGAGAACAUAUCGGAUCCCAUCGCACAACCAGAGGGCCAGUUUCACUGUGAGAGCAGCCGGUCAGCUCAGGAUCUGACGGAUAUGGAGGCGAAGGCCAGCAGAGAGUCGGAGGGUCAGGAACCGGCUGGAGCAGCUGAGGUUCCUGAAUGUGAAAAACCCAGCGUUCCUCUAAACAGCCUCAAGAUGAUGUUUGAAAAAGGAGAGAACCAAGAGAGCCAGGCGACGAGUAGAGGAAGCAACGGGAACUCAGCCAACAUGGACCAGAUACUAGGAGAUGGAAGUCUUGCAGAUUCCACUCCUCUCCGCGACAGGAUGGCCCUCUACCAAGCGGCCAUCUCCAAACAGGAAGUCACCCCUACCGCCGUCACCACUGAUCAGCUGGACAGUUUCUGUGGGAAGCAGAAGGAAAACGUUCCUCCGUUCAACCUGGAGCUGAGUCCAGAGUCUGAACCCAACAGCAGGAGAGUCCUGACCUCAGAGAGCAACGGCUCUGGUCCUGGUGCUGCUGCUUCCUCCAGUCAGAAAGACUCUUCUCAGGCCAAGACUCCCAGAAGCUUCCGCCUGCCGGUGAGGGAAACCUGCGUGUCGUGUCUGAAGACGGUCUAUCCUCUGGAGAGGCUGGUGGCCAAUCAGCACGUCUACCACAGCUCCUGCUUCCGCUGCUCGCACUGCAACACCAAACUCAGUUUGGCGAACUACGCCUCCCUGCACAACAACGUCUACUGCAAGCCGCACUUCUGCCAGCUCUUCAAGGCCAAAGGCAACUACGACGAGGGCUUCGGCCACCGACCUCACAAGGAGCUGUGGGAGAGCAAAGGCGACAGCGGGGAGACUUCGCCUUCGUCCGUCCCCCAGACUAAGCCAAAGACCCAGAGCCCGGCCUCAGACCUGGACAGCCCCAGCGUGGAGGACUCCCCGCUGGCUAAAGUCAACGUCCUGAUGGCCACCAUGGAGGCUCUGGGACAAGGAUCCUCAGAGAAAGCUGACAAACCUGCAGAGACCCGCAGGCUGAAGAUCUCCUGGCCUCCACGGACGGAGCCGGAGGAAGCGCCUACAACGACCCCAGACGGAGGCUCCGCAGGGAAGCCCAUCAAAGCCAAGUGGCCCCCAGAGGACGAGUCUCCAUCUUCACCUCCGGAGCAGGACAGAGGCUCCCCCUGCCUCCGCCGGAGCUCCUCCCUGAAGGAGCGCAGCCUGGCCUUCACUCUGGCAGCUCAACCCAGCAGCCCUCCUGCUGCCGAGGCCAGAAAACCGAGUCCACCUCCUGCUGCCGUGGACCGGCAGCUCAGCCCUGAACCCUCCAGCAUGGAGCUGCAGCACAGCGAGCACUCGUCCAACAGCCAGACGCCCACCGAGGACAGCUGUGUGGACGUUCACACCAGCUCAGGAGAGGAGGAGAUGAAGAGCGAGGAGGCGACGGACCAUCAUCUCACCACAGAAGACGAUGUCGCAGGAGGAGGAGCUGAAGAGGAGCAGAUGGAGGAGGAGGAAGACGGAGGUUUGCUGGAGGAGGAGAUGACGGCCAACGAGCCGACGGCCAUCUCGUCCCCCGAGGAGGAGGCGGAGGCCAGCCGGGCGUCUCAGGACGUGGGCUUCUGGGACAGCGAGGAGGUGGACGAUAAGGAGAAGCAGGAGGCGCUGACGGUGGAGGAGAUGAUCAAACGUAACCGAUACUACGAGGACGAAGAGGAGGAAGAGGACGCGUAAACUGAGCUCCCUGCUCUGGGCCAACAGGACGGCAGCCAUGGACACCUCCCUGGACUUCUUCUUGCCAUUCCUCCUCCUCCUCCUCCUUUUUUAGACGCUUUUUUUCCCUUCUUCUUAAAAAGUCGCUGCCGUGUUUAGUGUGAACUCUGCUGAGCUCUUGAUUUGUGCCUCUUCAAACAGUCUCAAACACUUAAAGCCAUUUCUGCGAAAUCAUUUUUACAAGACGUUUGGAAAAAAAAAAAUUCUGAAUUUGUUUUUUAAAUGUACAAUAUUUAAAACGAGACCCCGGUUAGAAAUAUUUUUAAAAACCAAAGUCCAAAGGUUGAGAAUCGUGGACUAGACGUUUUAUUUUUGUGCGUAUAUGCCUUUUAUAAUUUUCUAUUUCCAUUGGAUGCCUCGUGAUCGGAAACCAACGACUUGAACGGGAACAAAGUGCAGAACUUCACUGUUUAAAUAAUGGGUGUGACUAGUUUCGUGCUGUAGGACUGCCAUCCUAUACGUACACGGUAAACCGAAAGACACUUUGCUGAUGUUUGUUUUUCAUUUUGAAGAGCUGAAACUGGAUAUGAAUACUGUUGUACUGUUUUUAAACCAGGGGACCAAAUCUCCUCGACGGCUACUGUUAAAAUAAAUUGUUAUAUUCAAA